UUAAGAAAAAAAAUUGUUUGUGAAAAAAUGGCUAAAUGUAUUAAUUUUUCAUUGGAACUUAUGCGUUUUCUUUAUCGAGAAACAACAAACAUUGUAUUGUCACCAUUAUCAUUGGAAAUAGCUGCAUUAAGUAUAUUAUCCGGUGUUAAAAAUGCAUCAUUCGAUGAAAUGAGAGAUAGUAUUUUCGAUAUGAAAAUUAGUUUAAGAAAUAUUAAUGAUUUUUCCAGUGCAUUAAAGUCGAUUAUAAGCGAAAUUAAAUCAUUACAAGAUAUGGAAUUUAAAAUGUAUAAUUUUAUCUAUAUUUCUUCCAAAUACAAGCUAAACGAACAAUAUAUGAAUAAUGUUACGAAAAAUCUUGAUACCAGUCUUAAACUGGUAAAUUUUGAAGAUACAAGUCUUGAACUAUACAAUAUGAUCGAUGCUGAAGUCAGUGAUGCUACAAUGGGACGUAUUAAUAAAGUAAUACAAAAUGUACCAACCGUAUCGAAUAUGUUAUUGAUUAAUAGCACUACAUUACAAGUAAAUGAAUCACGUCAAUCAAUUUCAUCGGCAACAUCAUCCAAACAAUUGAAACAAUUGUUUAAAAGUUCUUAUGAAGGUAGAACAAGCAUUGCAACAACCACCGAAUAUGAUAAAGCAAUGGAUAUUUCAUUUUCAGUACAUAAUGGCCAAUUUAAAUAUUAUCAUGAUAAUGAACAAGGUUAUACAUGUGUAGAAUUAUCAUAUAUAAAUGCAAAUCUAAAUUUAAUAUUAAUUCUACCAAAAGAAGGUUCUAGUCCACGUGAUAUAAUUAAUCAAUUAUCACAGAAUAAACUUCAAUCAAUAUCCAAAUUGAUGGCAUUGAAACAAUUGGAGAUAAAAAUUCCAAUUAUAAAACUUAAAAUGAAUAUCGAUUUAGCUUAUGUUUGGCAAAUUAUUGGUAUACAAAAAAUUUUCGAUCAAGAUGAAGCGGAUUUUAGUGGCUUAUCAACAAAUCCAAAAGGUUUAUGUCUUGAAUCAAUAAUAUUCAAUUCGGAAAUUAGUUUGAAUGGAAAUUUUAAAGAAAAAACCGUCAGUCAAGAAUCAAGUAAAAGUAAAAGCAGUAGUAGUAGUACAAAUAAAAAGACUGGAGGUAAAAAAAGUACAACAGUAUUAUCAGUUGCAUUUAAUAGGCCAUUUAUUUAUUUUGUUACCUGUAAUAUAAAAGAACAACGAAAAGUUAUUUUAUUUGCAGGUGUUGUUAAUAAUUUGCUUGAAACAAAUUAAAUUAAAUUAUUAUUUUUUUGUUUUUUUU